AUGGGCUCGAUUCCUAUAUUUGAAAAUGAAGACUCAUCAGAUAUCUUGGAGACAUUAUCUUUUUUUGGUAACAUUGAGGUCAAAAGAGAAGAUGAAUUACCAAAACAUCUAUGUGGAAUCUGUUACAAGUUUGUUAAAAGUGCAAUAUUAUUCCAAAAAGUUGCUAAAUUAAGUGAAGAAAUUUUAAAGAAUCCUAUUAAAGAAGAAAGUAUUGAUUCAUUUUCAGACAACCAAGAUAACUGUAAAGAUAUUAAAGAAUCUAUGAAGUCGUGGCCAGUUUCCAUUACCUCUAAAAAAGAAACUAAAAGAUGUACAUUAAAGGUAAUUUCAAAAGUGCAGUGCUAUAUAUGUAAUAAAGUAGUUAAUAAAUCAUACUAUAAAGAGCACUUAACAAUGCAUGAUCCAAAUCAUCACAAGUAUGUUUGUGAUAUUUGUGGAAAGUCAUUUAGGUUGCGGUGUGCAUAUCAUAACCAUAGUCUCCGACAUGGAACUGGUUUUCCUUUUAAAUGUCAAUUCUGCCCAUACAAGGGAAAAUAUGCAGAGUUGUUAAAAACUCAUAUGCGUACACAUACUGGUGAUUAUAGAUACAUGUGUACAGAAUGUCCAGCUAGAUUUUUAUUUAAAAGCAAUUUGAAUAGCCAUGUUUUAAAUAAGCAUAAAGAAAAGGAACAUAAAUGUGAUGCUUGUAAAAGAGCUUUUCACACUAAAUUAGCACUUCAGAGACAUUUUGAAGUGGAUCAUUUGGGUAUUAAAACUCAUGUUUGCAAUGUAUGUGGGAAUGCAUUUGGCUACAGAAAUGCAAUGAUGAAGCAUCAAAGAAGAGUCCAUAAAAGAGAAAAAAUGAUGUUUUCACGAAUGCCUUCAUAUUUACAAGCAGAAGAUAAAAUUAUAGAGACUCCUAGUGCU